CACUGCUUAUCAACCAUGCAAAAAAAAGUCAGGAGUACAGUGAAAGCUACAGUGUUGGGGACAGAUGUAACACUGAACAUCAACAUGACAACAACAAGCUCCAUUCUGCUGGCUCUGCUCUGUGCCUUCUCAGCCCAGGUUACUGCAAUCCCUGUUGCUGAAGAGUGUACAAAUGGGCCGGAAAUGUGGUGUAAGGAUCUGCAGACUGCAUUCCAGUGUGGAAAAGUGAAGCAUUGUUUGCAAACAGUAUGGCAGGAUCGAGAAAGUGAUGAUAGAUUAUGUAAUGACUGCAAAACCCUCAUUACAACUCUGGGAGACAUGAUACAGGACCCUGAAUUUGAGAAUACUCUAAAGAAUUAUCUGAAGCAAGGAUGUAAGCUGAUCCCCAACCCAUCUCUGGCAGACCAGUGCAACCAGAUGGUGGAUCAGUACCUUCCCAUCAUCAUUACCUUCAUCCAGGGCCAGGUGAAUCCAGAUGCCAUAUGUAAAAUGAUAGGCUUGUGCAAAGGUGCACUGUCACAGGAAAAGGAACAGAUCCCACUUAUUCAUCUGUUCCCUGCCGUGUCAGAACCACUCUUCCAACAUUCUCCAGGACAAACAGUGACAGAGGACAUCGAUGCAUGUGCCCUCUGUAAGCAAGCUGUUCAGAUUGUGUCCCAGGUGUUAAGUAAUGAGGCAUUUCAGAAAGCCAUGAGGAUGUAUCUUCAUUUUAUUUGUAAAAUGCUUCCUAGUCCAGAUCUGGCCUCCAAAUGUGACAUCUUUGCUGAUCAGUACUUUCCUAUGAUCAUCAGCUUCCUCCAAAGCCAGAUGAAUCCUGAUGCUCUCUGCACACUUUUACACCUCUGCAUGUCAUCAGAAAGCAUGGAGCAUGCACCCCUUCCUAGCCACAUUGAGGAGAGCAUCGCAGCCAUAGGAAGAUCCCCCUACCUUUUUCAAUUCAGACAAACAGAUUCAGAGGUACCUCAUUCUGCAGACUUCUUUCCCCAGUGCACACUGUGUCUGUUUCUCAUGAAAAGAGUGGAGGCCAUGAUUCCUAAGCAAACCCUUUUUGAGCUGCUUGGUAGGGCCUGCAACUUACUGCCACACAUGCUCACAGAUGUUUGCACGGAACUGAAAGACACCUUUGGAAUGCGGGUCGUAGAGUUCAUCCUGAGCAAACUGGGCCCAAGUACCAUCUGUACCUUACUCCACAUGUGCUACUUCACAGAGGAUCAGUACGCUCCAGAUCUCUCCCCUUCUAAUGUUGUAGAAUUAUAUCCUCAAAUCCUAAUGGUGAAUGAUGACUGCGGAAUCUGCCAGCAUUUAACUCAGUCAGUGAAGCGUACAGUGGGGAAGAAUGCAACCGAAGUGGAAAUCAUAGCUGCUGUGGAGAACGGAUGUUCUGACAGCCUGAAUGACCUGAUUAAAUGCGAUAAGUUUCUACAGACAUACCAACCACAGAUGGUGAAACUAGCAACCAAGCCCUGGGAUGUAGAGACCACCUGUAAGGAAAUAGGUGCCUGCACACCCAUGAAGGAGACCUUGUUAGGGACCAAGGACUGCAGCUGGGGACCCUCCUACUGGUGCAAGGACAAGGAGACUGCAGCUAAAUGCAAGGCUAUUCAAUACUGCACAAUGCGCAUUUGGAUUUAAACCUGACAGCAAGAAAGCACCAAAAAGCAUGCAACUGCAGCUGCAAGACUGCCACUGGAUCAAGUGUCAUCAGUGCUUUACAAAUGCAAAUAAGUACAACAGCCCAUGCAAUUCAGCUUUGUUUGCUUAAAGAUUAUGAUUUUUAUCAAAAUAUUUUUGCUGACUGACUUUGCUAAUAGUAAACAUUUUGAAAACUAAAUUUGUAAUGAGUUAGCUCUAUAUUUUAAAAGGUUAUUUCAUCUGAAAUGUAUUUUAAAAUAGUAUAAACAAAAAUGUGAGUAUCAGAGAGCAAUAUGCUGUACAUGUAAAUUUUAGUUUUUAAACCAGUGGUAGCAAGUAAAGCUUAUCAGACAUAAGUAUUGUACUUGUUAAAGAAGCAGCCAGUAAUUCUUGAAAUGGUUCCUUUUAAUCUAUUUUCCUGGAAGACUGAGUAAAUAAAGCUUUGAGGAUGGGGAGACAUAUACUCCAAAUAAGGUAAUUAUUUUAAAGUCUGUGAGAUAUUUUUCUUUAUGCAAGCACAUUUUUCAUCUAUGUCAGUCUGAUUAGAAAAUGUAGAGACUGGAAACAGAAUUACUAGAAUAAGCUGAAAUGAUCAGGCUGGUAAUUGCUGUGCAGAAUACCAUGAAACUGCUAACCAUUGUGUGACUAAAGGAACAGUCUUUAGAAGGGAUAAAAUAAACAAUGACCAGAACAAAAAAAUCAAAAACUCUGGACAAACAUGGUUGUAAACUAAAAAUCAAGCACACAACACUCAAUGAAUGCCAAGCUACAUACAGGCACUAUACUGCUAACUGUUGCUGUUGUGAAAAAUUCUAUCCAGCUUUGUCUGAUAAUGGUGCUGUAUCAGCAACAACUUACAGCAAUAAAACUUUACUGCAAAUGUGU